UAAAUGUGAUCGUUCAUGAUGUUUUAUAAUAAUAAAAUAUCUUCUUUAUACCUAAUUUACAUGCUCUCUGAAGGAAUUAGAAUAAGCUUCUCUUGUUUUAUGGGGUAAGCUAUUAGGAUAAGUUUUAUGAAUCAGGUUUGAUUUCAUGUGAGAUAGCCCACUAAUAAGUAUUAUUUCUCUAUAGAAUUCCAAUUGCCUGUUAAAGAGAAAGUGACAAGUCCCUACAUGUUUUAUGAUUAUUCAUAUGAAAUAUUGUAAAUAAUUCAAUCCUAACAUACAAGAAGUAGUAUAAUAGCCUAUCACCAAAACAAUAAUUCUAUGACCUGUUGUACAUACUGCUAUGAAAUGUUGCUGGUAGUUCAUUUUGCCUAUAGCUCAAAAUUAUUAUAUACUGUAUAUCAUCAUUACCAUAUAAUUCAUUCAAAGGUACAUGUGGAUUAGUAAAUAUGGUCCAAAGAAAAACAUUAAACAGGAUAACCUGUUUUAGGUUAGGAUGUCUGAAACAAUGUAUGGUAAGACAUGAUAGAACAUCAUGUAAUUCCAUGUAGAACCCUCCAUGAACAUUUUAGCAAUAUAGCCAUGUCAAUCAACAAGUAUCCAAGCAAUAAAAAUAACAAAAUUAUUCGCUCAAUCCUUUCAAUAGUAAAGCCUGAAGAAAUCCACUUCAUUCAGGAAAUCAAUGAAUAUUAUUAAUAUAUAAAUUCAGUAUUAUAAUAUUCUUUAUUGCAACUAAUAUUGCUUAAUCUUCUCAGAACUUCAAGGUAUUUUCAUUUCCUUUCCAGUCCAAUAAUUUUUAAAAUAAGUGCAUUGCAAGUAAGGUAUUUUUACAUUUAAAUAAUAGCCGCUCAGCCAAUUUCCCCUUGAUGACUACACAUCUUCACCACGAGCGCGCUGUCGGCGUUUCUCCUGCUCAAGCUUCUGCUUGCUCCAGCUCCUGUUCCCCUAUUCUGUACCCAGUGCCCACACGUGGAAGCGCAUAUAAAAUUUCUAGUGUUUUUUAAUUAUUUUAUUUUUAUUCAGUUUUCUUUCUAGUUUUGUAUCGACGGGAUAAUAAAUAAUUGAAAUUGGAAUCUGAUAUCUCGUUCUGCAUUUUAUCUUCAUUUAAUUUUGCAAUAUUGCAAUAGAAUUACAAACAACAGUUUUACAGUACUGCAAAAGAAAAGGCAAAGCAUCAUGAAUCCAGUAUUGAAGGUGAAGUCUGAGCCAAGAGACAUGGAUGAAGACGACAUCAAAGAAGAGAUUGACAUUGACUACACCAUGUCCUGGCUUGGCAAACAGGAAGUUUUGGUUGACGAACAGGUCUCCUCCAACCCUGGAAGUUCACUCACUGUUAAAGAGGAGGAAACGCACUCAACUGGAGAAGAAUCUGUAAGAGAAGGAGAUGAUGAAGAAAACGAAAGCACAUUAAGCAAAGAGAUAACCUUGCCCACUGCUUAUGUACUGCAUAGUAAUGCAAGAAGACAAUACCAAAACCAGAGCUCAGAUCACGAAUUUGUGUCUCAAUCAGCUGGUAGUUGUGGUGAUUCCUCUGAAGAAGAAGGAGGAGGAAACGAAAACUGUGAAUCACAAGAUGGAAACAAUGAAAUACUGGUAGUAAAAACAAAACCUAAUCGAAACCGAGAUGUCAUAGAUCAGGGAGAUAGAAAUGCAACACUCAAAACGACAGUUACAGAGCCUCAUCAGUGUUCAGUCUGUACAAAACACUUCUCUCGUAGUAGUUACUUGAAUGUCCACAUGCGAACUCACACCAAAGAGAAACCUUACCAGUGUACAGUCUGUACAAAACGUUUCUCUCAAUCUAGUGCUUUGAAUUUUCACAUAAAAACUCACACCAAAGAGAAACCUUACCAGUGUACAGUCUGUACAAAACGUUUCUCUCAAUCUAGUAAUUUGAAUUUUCACAUGAAAACUCACACCAAAGAGAAACCUUACCAGUGUACAGUCUGUACAAAACACUUCUCUCGUAGUAGUGACUUGAAUGUCCACAUGCGAACUCACACCAAAGAGAAACCUUACCAGUGUACAGUCUGUACAAAACGUUUCUCUCAAUCUAGUACUUUAAAUAUUCACAUGAGAACUCACACCAAAGAGAAACCUUACCAGUGUACAGUCUGUACAAAAAGUUUCUCUCAAUCUAGUGCUUUGAAUUUUCACAUAAAAACUCACACCAAAGAGAAACCUUACCAGUGUACAGUCUGUACAAAACAAUUCUCUCAGAGUAGUGAUGUGAAUGUCCACAUGCGUACUCACACCAAAGAGAAACCUUACCAGUGUACAGUCUGUACAAAACACUUCUCUCAUAGUAGUGACUUGAAUGUCCACAUGCGAACUCACACCAAAGAGAAACCUUACCAGUGUACAGUCUGUACAAAACGUUUCUCUCAAUCUAGUACUUUGAAUAUUCACAUGAGAACUCACACCAAAGAGAAACCUUACCAGUGUACAGUCUGUGCAAAAAGUUUCUCUCAAUCUAGUAAUUUGAAUGUCCACAAGCGUACUCACAUGAAAGAGAAACCUUACCAGUGUACAGUCUGUACAAAAAAAUUCUCUCGGUCUAAUACUUUGAAUGUUCACAUGUGUACUCACACCAAAGAGAAACCUUAGCAGUGUACAGUCUGUACGAAAAGCUUCCCUCGGUCUCAUCAUUUGAAUUACUCACACCAAAUGGUAGCCUUAUAAGUGUACAGUCGGUACAAAGAGCUUUACUGUUUCUUGCAAUUUGAAUCUUUUUUUGUUGAUACACAAGACAAUUUGAAAUCUUGCAGAUAUGAAGCACUCUCAUCAGCCUGAUUCCUUACCUGCCUAAUAAGACUGUUUUGAGGUCGAAAUGUUGAGAAUUGUUGAUACUAGAGAGUAUUUCAAAUGAGAUGUCAAAAAAUCUUACUUCAAUCCUUUUGUCAACUAUUACAAUGGUUCAUUCACCCCCUUGUACCAUGAAAAACAUUUUCUCCCAUGAGCAGCUUCAUGUAGGUGGAGAGUAGUGAUUUGAAGGUGGUAGGUGAGGGGGAAUGCGCUGGAUGGUCCCAUUCAGAGCAAUUGCUUUGUGGUGAUGGCCAUGUUGGUUUGGCAGGGUGAAAACCUGACUCCAUGUAAGCAUAGCUAUGACUUCAAAAAUAAAUGUCCUUCGGCCCUGAAAUCUUUAGUACACUUAUAUUAUGAACCUGCCUUGUAGAGCAAUUUUUCCUAAUAUGAAUAUUAUGUUGGAAAACAUAAUGUUCACUGCAAAUGUGGAAAUCUAAUAGAUGAUUGACAUGAUGAUACUCUUGUUUUUUUUAUUUUUUAUGAAAGACUAACGACGUGAUUUGCUUAUUCUUUCGAUCUAUGGACCUUUUUUAUUAUAUUUCCUUGCUUUUUCCAUUCUUAUUCAUUUAAUAUUAUCCAAUACAAAGAACCCCUUGAGAUUUCAAUCAUAAUUCUUUAGAAAAUAAUUCUAGUAUUUUUAUAAUGAUGUAUAGAAUAUAUUACUUUUAUAUACAAAAAGUCUUGAACAUUGUUAAUGUAGAAUGAUAAUGAAUCAUAUUAGUGGUUUAUUUUAGUCACAUUAUUUUUUGUACUAAAAUCUUCUACAGUACUGCCAUCUUAAGCCCGGUUGCAUAAAGCCUGUUGAAUUCUAAUCAUGAUUAAAUCCACAAGAACCAAUGAGAGAAUGCUAUUUUCAUAGUAUGCAUAGUAUUUUAACGUAAGGCUGUCAAUCUUUCAUUGUUCAUUUGUAUAAACACUACCUCAUGUCUUUUGAGUAACGCAACGUCAAUUGAAUAAUCAUAUUAUGCAACAUUGACUUUCACCAAUUUAAAAUACUGAAUCUAUUUUUUUCAUUUAUUUUAGUUUAUAUUUAGUAGUCAAACUAAUGCUGUAUGCAGCAUUAUGUAUCUGAUUUUCAUAAUUGUCGAAGUGUUCAUGUUUAUAAAAAUAAUGUUCAGUAUGAUUUUAUUUCUGAAACAGUAAAAGCUAUUUUUCUACCAAAGUGGCUUUAAAAGUAUAAAGUAUUAAAUUUUAGUGUUAAUAGUUGUGUUUAUGUUCAUCAAAAUAAUGUUCAGUAUAAUUGGUA